GGCGAAUAUAAGUUCGACAUAGAGAACUUAAAGCUUAAGAGUUUUGACAGAUGGCGGCGCAGUGAAUUGUUGUUUGAAGUGAACGUAACAGAGGCUAUAACUGGGAGAAGACAGAAUGCUUCCGGUACUGUCAGAUUCUAUAUAUUUGGGAACGAAGUGAAUUUCCUUGAUUCGAUGGCAAGGACGUUUAAACCUGGUCUUAACUAUACAGUUCUGGGAAAAAUAGCACCAAUUUUACUCCCGACAGCUUUAAAGGUGGAACUAACAGUGACUCACUCUCUUCAACCAGUGCCAACAACAACAACAGAAAUGUCACCAAUAGAAAUGGGGCUCAUCCAAGGCAGUAUCGAGCAACCAGCUCUCAAUUUUAAACAGCUGGGGCCUGUCUUCCUAGAUGUUGAUGCCGAUGGCAAUUUUAGAUAUGACAUGACCAUACCAGAAAAUGUCGAAUCCGCACUUUUUGGUGAUAGUACCGCUUUCACUAGCCUCCGUCAAAGUAACUCGCCCAGUGACAGCUUCAUACAGGUCUCGCUAGAUCCAAGUGGCAUUCCAAGGUCUGGAUCUGUUUCAACGUUUGAAAUCGAGACAACUGAGCGUAUUCCAAAAGUUUACUACCAGGUCCUUUCUAAAGGCGAGAUAGUAGCUUCAGGGGAAGUCAAUAUGCAAUUCUCGAGAGUAAAGAGGUUUCCUUUACCAAUAACGACAGAAAUGACACCCGAGGCUAGCCUAAGUGUUUAUUAUGUAAGAGAGGAUGGAGAAGUCGUUACAGAUGCAACAAGUUUCAUUGUCAAUGGCAUCUUUAAAAAUAAAGUCGACAUUAAUUCUGACGUUCAGGAGACACGCCCGGGAAAGGAAGUUGUAGUGUCCGUCAAAGCGGAUCCGGAUUCUACUGUCCAUUUGUUGGCAGUGGAUAAAAGUGUUCUGAUUGAACGUAGUGACAAUGACCUCAACGAAAGCAGGGUGAUUGAUGAAUUAUACAGUUACUUGGGACGUUCUGCUAAAAACAGAAGGAGGCCCAAAUUAUCUAGGGGAAGAGAUGCUUAUUCUGUGUUCCGAAACAAUCAAAUGGCAGUACUUUCUGACGCCUUAGUGUAUGAGGGGUCUAGGAAGCAUUUCACUCGUCCAAUCUUUCCUAGAAACUCUCGUCGCUUCAGUGAUACUGCACAGACGGUUGUAUUUCCAAUAAUGAAGGAAAACAUAGAUAGAGUCUCCUCUUCUGUCGGACCAGAACUAAAUUAUCAUUCAUCCCUCCCACGCGUGAGAAAAUUUUUCCCAGAAACGUGGCUUUGGAGCAACUUCAGCACGGGUGCAAAUGGUAGAGCAUCACUACGUGUGACUGUACCCGAUUCUAUCACUACCUGGGUUGUUACAGCUUUUGUCGUCAAUUCUAAAUCUGGACUGGGUCUGCAUGCAAACCCUGUUAAUAUAAAAGUCUUCAAACCAUUAUUUGUGAGUUUGACCAUGCCUUUCUCAGUUACACGGGGGGAACUAGUGGUCCUCCAGGCCAAUGUCUUCAACUAUCUGGAACGUGAUGUUAGGGUUCUCGUAAUAAUUAAUAAAAAUGAAAGCUUCAAGAACCUGGUGACCUAUAUACAGGACAAUCAGGUCAAGAAAGGCAGAUUCUCAGCCAAAGUUGGCCGUACUUUCAACAUGUCAGCUGGUGAGAUCUACCCUGUGUAUUUCCCUAUCAUUCCCACAGAGACAGGGGAUCUUCUGAUCAAUAUCACCGUCAUCUCUACAGGACCUAGUGAUGCUGUCAUCAGAUAUCUUAAAGUCGAGCCCGAAGGAAUGGAAAAAGAAAUUAACAACACCGUGUUGAUAAAUACUGUUAACACAGGGACCUUCUCAAAAGAUGUUGAAAUAUCAUUUCCACAAAAUACUGUUGCUGGUUCUAGGCGUAUUAGAACAUCAAUUAUCGGUAAUGUGAUAGGCAGUUCCUUGAAUGGUCUAGACUGGCGACGAAAGUCUCCAGGUGAAACUGGAGAAGAGAAUAUGGUGAACUUUGCUCCUAGUAUUUUUGUACAAAAGUACCUCAAAACUACAAAUAAGCUCACAGCCGAUCUCGAGAAGAAAGAAAAGGAGACCAUGAUUAAAAGUUAUGAAAAGGAAUUGACGUACUUACAUGAUGACGGGUCAUUCAGUGCUUUUGGUAAAAGUGACAAGUCAGGCUCAACAUGGUUGACUGCUUUUGUUGUGAAGUCAUUCUCUCACGCUUCUGAUUUUAUCUUCAUUGACGAGAAUGUCGUAAAGAAAGCCGUGACUUGGCUUGUCUCUCAACAGAGAGAAAUUGGAACGUUCAGGGAACCAGGCAGGGUUUUACUUAAGGAGAUACAGGGAGGAUCAGCAAAAAGUGAAAGAGCCCUCACGGCUUUUACUCUAAUAGCUCUCAAGGAAGCAGAGGUCAUUCAAGGAGUGUCUGCAUUGACAGGAAGAGCAAUACAGAAAGCGAGAGCUUACCUGGAAGGUGAUAUAGAUCUAAUGGAGGAUGUUUACGAAUUAGCUCUCGUUGGGUACACUCUCCAGAUCACCAACAGCCCAAGAGUCAAUAAAGUGUUUAGCAAAUUAAAUACUAAGGCUACUUUCAAAGAUGGACUUAAAUAUUGGUCCAAACCAGAGACAGGUAUUCAGUGGAAGGGAUGGCCUCCUCCUAAUUACCAGGCCAAGGCUGUCGACAUAGAAACCACAGCAUAUGCUCUGCUGGGAUUCGCCAUAAACAAGGAUAUAGAUCCCCCUGUUCUCAAAUGGGUUAUCUCACAGCGUAACUCAAGAGGAGAAUUUGUUUCAACACAGGACACUGUUAUUGCUCUCCAGGGAUUCCUGGAAUUAGCUUCUUUGGUACACAAUCCAAACUUCAACAUGAGUGUAAGACUGACCAGCAAAACUCCAAGUGCGCCAUACCAACGUGUCAUCACAAUAACUAAGGACAAUAUACUCUUUCUACAAACAUUAGACAUACCUGAGGACGUAAGACGUCUUGACGUCACAGCUAACGGAACUGGCAUAGCAUUGAUGGAGAUAUCUUCAUAUUUCAAUACUGACGAAAAGAUAGAAGUGUCUUCCUUUGAUGUGAAUGUUACACUUACUGACGAAACAACUAGAGGGUUCACGGUGAAAGUCUGUGGAAGAUGGUUGGAAGAGGGCUAUUCUGGAAUGUCUUUGAUGGAUAUCGGAAUACCCUCUGGAAUGACCCCUGAUUUGGAUACACUCGAUACAUCUAAAGCCCCCAUGUACAAACGUAAUGAGAUGGGAUAUAGGAAAUUAUCCUUAUAUUUUGAUGAGUUUGACCGUCAAGAUCAGUGUGCCUCUGUAUACAUGGUCAACACAGAUAAAGUAGCAGAGAAGCAGCCCUCUGUCAUUAGACUCUAUGAUUAUUACGAACCCAAAAAUCAAGCAACCAUAUUUUAUACGUCAAAUGUUAUGGCGGACUCGGGAGUGUGUGAUGUUUGUGGUAUGGAGUGCUUCUGCGCAGACUAG